GCAGAGCGGAGCCCGGGGGGUGAGGAGGACGGAGGAGGGGCAGCGCGGCAUUCCUGUCACCGGAGAGACGGUUUACGGUGUGACAUGGAGGGGCCCUCCCAGGAAGGUGACCUGCUCACUGUGACCCAUGAGCUCCGGAGCGCAAACCUGACGGGGCAUGCCGAGAAAGUUGGGAUCGAGAAUUUCGAGCUUCUCAAAGUGCUGGGGACAGGUGCCUAUGGCAAAGUGUUCCUGGUGCGGAAGAUCAGCGGCCAUGACUCCGGAAAGCUGUACGCCAUGAAAGUGCUGAAGAAGGCGACUAUAAUUCAGAAAGCCAAGACUGCAGAACACACGCGGACGGAGCGCCAAGUGCUGGAACACAUCAGACAGUCGCCUUUCCUAGUAACCCUUCAUUAUGCCUUCCAGACAGACACAAAGCUUCAUCUCAUUUUAGAUUACAUUAAUGGUGGAGAACUAUUUACUCAUUUAUCUCAGCGAGAGAAAUUCACAGAGAGUGAAGUACAGAUAUAUAUCGGGGAAAUUGUACUGGCCCUUGAACACUUACAUAAGCUGGGGAUAAUUUAUCGGGAUAUAAAACUUGAGAACAUUCUUUUGGACGCCAGCGGUCACGUGGUAUUAACAGACUUUGGGCUCAGCAAGGAGUUCCUGACCGAUGAGAAUGAAAGAGCGUACUCCUUCUGUGGGACUAUAGAAUACAUGGCGCCAGAGAUCGUCCGCGGAGGGGAAUCAGGGCAUGAUAAGGCUGUGGAUUGGUGGAGCUUGGGGGUUUUGAUGUACGAGCUGCUCACAGGCGCAUCGCCUUUUACUGUCGAUGGGGAAAAAAACUCACAGGCGGAAAUCUCUAAGAGAAUAUUGAAAAGUGACCCUCCGUAUCCACCAGAAAUGAGUGAACUUGUAAAAGAUCUUAAUCGGGGGUUAUUGAUGAAAGACCCCAAAAAACGUUUAGGUUGCGGGCCAGAGGGCUCUGAUGAAAUAAAAAAACAUCUGUUUUUCAAGACAAUUAAUUGGGAUGAUUUGGCAGCAAAGAAAGUCCCCGCGCCAUUUAAACCCGUCAUCAAGGACGAGCUUGAUGUAGGGAAUUUUGCUGAGGAAUUUACAGGGAUGGAUCCCACAUACUCCCCUGCUGCUCUACCCAUGAACGCUGACCGAGUAUUUCAGGGAUAUUCUUUUGUGGCUCCAUCCAUCUUGUUCAAGCCCAACGCUGCCAUCGCAGAUCCUAUCCAGUUUCACCUGGGAACAGAGCGUCCUGGCGUCACAAACAUAGCGAGAAGCGCCAUGAUGAAGGAUUCCCCGUUCUAUCAGCACUACGAGCUUGAUCUGAAGGAGAAGGCGCUGGGCGAGGGCAGUUUCUCCAUCUGUCGAAAAUGCCUGCACAAAAAAUCCAAUCAGGAGUACGCUGUGAAAAUAAUCAGCAGACGUAUGGAAAGCAACACACAGAAGGAAAUUGCGGCAAUGAGGCUAUGUGAAGGCCAUCCUAAUAUAGUAAAACUGCAUGAUGUUUACCAUGACCAGCUUCAUACCUUCCUAGUGAUGGAGUUACUGAAAGGAGGGGAACUGUUUGAACGCAUCAAAAAGAAGAAAACAUUCAGCGAGUCGGAAGCCAGUCACAUCAUGCGGAAACUGGUGUCUGCAGUCAGUCACAUGCAUGAUGUUGGAGUUGUUCAUAGAGACCUGAAACCAGAGAAUUUUCUUUUCACAGAUGAAAGCGACAGUUCAGAGAUAAAAAUUAUAGAUUUCGGUUUUGCGAGGUUAAAGCCUCCGGAUAACCAGCCGCUGAAAACGCCCUGCUUUACUCUGCAUUAUGCUGCGCCAGAACUCCUGAAUGAUAAUGGCUACGAUGAGUCGUGUGACCUAUGGAGUCUCGGGGUCAUUUUAUACACAAUGCUGUCUGGUCAGGUGCCUUUCCAAUGUCAUGACAGGAUGGUAACGUACGCCUCAGCAGAGGACAUCAUGAAGAAGAUAAAGCAGGGAGAUUUCUCAUUUGAUGGAGAGAGCUGGAAAAAUGUCUCACAGGAGGCUAAAGAUUUGAUACAAGGGCUUCUUACUGUGGAUCCUAAUAAAAGAAUUAAGAUGUCAACGCUGAGAUAUAAUGAAUGGCUUCAAGAUGGCAGCCAACUAUCUUCCAACCCUCUGAUGACUCCCGAUAUCCUUGGCUCUGCUGGAGCUUCCGUACACACACACGUGAAAGCCACUUUUCAUGCCUUCAAUAAGUACAAGCGGGAAGGUUUCCUCCUCCAAAAUGUGGACAAAGCUCCACUGGCAAAGCGCCGGAAGAUGAAGAAGACCAGCACCAGUACAGAGACUCGAAGCAGCUCCAGCGAGAGCUCUCACUCCUCCCACUCACACGGUAAAACCUCUCCGACAAAGACUCUGCAGCCUACGAGCCAAUCCGAGAGCAAUAACCCCGACACCAUCUUCCAGUUUACGGACUAGAGCUUUGCCGCUAGAGCAGCCUUCUUCAGAUACACAGUGGCCAGAACCAAAACUCCGCCAAGCACCACCUCUUUCAGGCUCACAAGCUAUUGGCCAUCCUUUUAUUAUCAUUAUUGAGUUCUUUGAUGUGGACCCUUUGGUGCUGCCCAGAGGGUGUUGUUAUGGCAUGCAAGCACUAAUAAUGGGUGCUCUCACGAACUCUUUUUUUUUUUUUUUACCUUUUCCCCCCUCUUCUCUUAUGUUUAGAGGGGAAAUUGAAGACUUUCUAAGGGCUGAUGCAGACAUUGCAAUGUCUUGCCUUAUUUAACCCUAAAGCUGCUGUCAAGACCAACACGCAUUAAAGGGAGGAGCAAGGGGGUACCACCUGCCUAGAGCUUGGUCGGUCAGUUAUACAAUACAAGACACAGCCAGCUUAUGCAACCCGUGGCUUCGGAGCUACAGCUUGGGCUCGAGGGAUCCUUUGUCUUUUACGAAGCCAGAGAGCAAUAGGUUUUUCCGCUUUUGCGUACUGUGGUAAGGUGGCAACGUCUUUAUUUAUUUGCGCUUAACUCGACGUGCCCCUUAUGCAGUAUGUGUCCUUCAUUUCACUUCGUUUUUUGAAAACUCUAUGAAGAGUUUCCUUGUGCUACGUAUGUAAAAUCCGGCCUUAAGUCUCAAUUAUGUUUAUUGUGAGAGCGGCCUUGGAAGUUUUUCAACUGAAAUCAUGCAGGCAGCAAUUAUUUUUUUAAUUGCCUUUCACCACCUUGCAGUGGUGAAAGCAUUUCUUUCUUUUUUUUUUUUUUUCUUCUUUUUUUUAUAAUAGGGGGCAUAGACUUCCUGUGUCAAAAUCCUACUGUGUUUUACCCUGUGGGAACUUGACAUUUUAAAACUCUAGUAAAGCUUUGGAGAGGAUUAAA